AUGUCGGCUAUCAGACUUUAUAUGAAUAUUUUACGAUAUUUACUACGCUGCGGCAAAGGAACACCCGUAGCUGCUGUCGUAGUUGUCGGAGAUAUUGGACGAAGUCCUCGAAUGCAAAACCAUUCAGUGUCUCUAUCAGAAAAUGGUUACAAGACACUAAUCUUCGGAUUCCACGAAUCAACUCCUAUCGAUAAUGUUAUAAAAAACGAAAAAAUAAAAAUAAUCAAUAUUUCAAGAAUAAACAAUAUUUUCUCAAAAAAUUCGAUUCUUAACUAUUUUAUCAAAUCGGUCUGGCUUCAUUUGAGUCUGUUUUUCUCCAUGCUUCUUCACAUUAGACAUCAUAUUAUACUAGUUCAGUUUAUCCACGAAGAGCCUCAUUUUGUUUACGAAGAGAUUGCCAGUAGCUCCCUGCUUCGAAACAUCCAAUGUUUCAUUACUGGAAAAGGACCUUUAAAAGAACAAUAUUUGGAAUCAAUAUCUCAGCGAGGUUACAAACAUGUUACAAUCACCACCCUUUGGCUUGAAGCAGAGGACUAUCCACUUAUGCUCAGGGCUGCCGAUGUUGGCGUGAGUCUCCACACUUCAUCUUCGGGAUUAGAUUUACCUAUGAAAGUGGUUGAUAUGAUGGCUGCCGGAUUGGUUGUCUUGGCAUAUCACUAUCCUUGGUUUUUGUUGUUUUGA